AUUGAUGCUCGGGAAUUGCGCUUCUCCCGUUCAAUGAUCUUCGCCAUUGAAGAGAUAAAUAACCGCACAGAUUUGCUGCCCAGCAUAAAACUUGGUUAUCAGAUCUAUGAUUCAUGUGCCUCUGUGCCUGUGGCUGUGCAUGUGGCAUUUCAACUGACAAAUGGACAUGACCUUAUGUUUUACAAAGGCGUAAACUGUUCUCCAUCUGGUGUGGUAAUGGCUACUGUUGGUGAAUCUGGAUCAACACCAUCCAUUAGCAUGUCACAGAUACUGGCAUCUUUUAACAUUCCUCAGGUGAGCCACUACGCCACUUGUGCUUGUCUUUCAGAUAAGCAUUUGUACCCAAAUUUCUUCAGAACGAUUCCAAGUGACCAGUUUCAAGCUGAUGCAUUGGCCAAGCUGGUAAAAUACUUUGGAUGGACUUGGAUAGGAGCUGUCAACUCAGAUUCUGAUUAUGGAAAUAGUGGAAUGGCAUCUUUUCUUAAUGUAGCUCUCAGAGAGGGUAUCUGUGUGGAGUACCUUGAAUCCUUCUUUCGGACUGACCCAAGCAGGAAGAUCCAAAGAGUCGCCAAUGCAAUCCGCAGGUCAACUGCUAUGGUUAUUGUGGCAUUUAUUGCCUCUGGAGAUAUGAGGGUCCUGUUGGAGGAACUGGCUCAGGAUCCUCCACCAUCUCGCCAGUGGAUUGGCAGCGAGUCCUGGGUGACUGAUACCUUCAUGGUAAAGUACAGUUUCUGUGCAGGAGCCAUUGGAGUUGCUAUCCCACAGUCUGUCAUCCCAGGUCUGAGCGACUUUCUUCUGGAUCUCUCUCCUUCUGAAGUGGCUGCCUCCCCUCUACUUAGCGAGUUCUGGGAGGAUGCUUUCAACUGCAGCUUAAGAAAAAGUACUGGUUCUGUUAGAAGCAAAAAAUUGUGUGAUGGAACUCAAGAUAUAAAAAGGCUGGAAAACCCUUACACUGAAACAUCCCAACUAAGAGUAACUAAUAUGGUGUAUAAGGCUGCUUAUGCAAUAGCACAUGCCUUUCACAAUGCACUCUGUCAAGAAAAAAAUGUCACUACUAAGUGUGACAAACUCCUCAAACUGAAUGCAAAGCAGAUUUAUUCAGAAUUAAAGAAGGUAAAUUUUUCUCAAAAUGGUUAUCAUGUAUCCUUUGAUGCUAAUGGGGAACCUGUAGCUGCAUAUGAGGUGGUUAACUGGCAAGUAACAGAGAGUGGAAGUACUGAGGUAGUAACAGUGGGUUAUUAUGAUGCAACCCUGCCAAUGGGCCAGCAGUUCCAUAUAAACAGAAAAAUAACUUGGAUGCAGGGUAGAUCACAAGUACCAGUGUCAGUUUGCUCAGAGAGUUGUCCUCCAGGGACUCGUAAAGUGUUGCAGAAAGGAAAACCCAUCUGCUGCUAUAACUGUAUACCAUGUCCUGAUGGAGAAAUCAGUAAUAUUACAGAUUCACCAGAUUGCUACCCAUGCCCCAGGGAGUUCUGGUCAAAUGCAAAGAAAGAUGCUUGUUUACCCAAACCAGUAGAGUUUCUUUCUUUUAAGGAAAUUCUAUCAAUAAUCCUGGCUGCAUUCUCUGUUAGUGGGGCCUCCCUGGCCAUCAUAACAGCAGUGGUUUUCUUUCGUCACAGAACGACCCCAAUUGUCAGAGCUAACAACUCUGAGCUGAGCUUCCUGCUGCUCUUCUCUCUGACCCUGUGCUUCUUAUGUUCCUUAACUUUCAUUGGAGCACCUUCUGAGUGGUCCUGCAUGCUGCGGCACACAGCGUUUGGCAUCACCUUUGUUCUCUGUAUCUCCUGUGUUCUUGGCAAAACUAUAGUUGUUUUAAUGGCUUUUAAAGCAACACUCCCAGGGCACAAUGUAAUGAAAUGGUUUGGUCCUCCACAACAAAGAUUAACUGUAGUGUCUUUUACAUUUAUUCAAGUAAUAAUAUGCACUGUGUGGUUGGUUGUAAGUCCUCCCUUCCCAGUAAAAAAUCUUUCCACUUACAAGGAAAAGAUCCUCCUGGAAUGUGCAUUAGGCUCUGCUGUUGGUUUCUGGGCUGUGCUUGGCUACAUCGGCCUACUUGCUGUUUUUUGCUUUGUGUUAGCAGUUCUUGCUCGGAAACUACCUGAUAAUUUCAAUGAAGCCAAGCUGAUCACCUUCAGCAUGUUGAUAUUCUGUUCAGUCUGGAUCACCUUCAUCCCAGCAUAUGUCAGCUCUCCUGGAAAAUUUACUGUUGCAGUGGAGAUAUUUGCCAUUUUGGCCUCCAGUUUUGGACUGAUACUGUGUAUAUUUGCUCCAAAGUGUUUCAUCAUAUUAUUUCAACCAGAAAAGAACACAAAAAAACAUGUAAUGAAUAAAAAUUAA